AUGAGCACCUCACAAUCCCUCGACAUUCGAAGCCGGAAGCCCGAGAAUCUCGGCGUCUGGACAAACCCAAAGCAUGAGUUGCACCUUCAAUCUGGACCGGUCCCAACGUUGAACGAGGGGCAGUGCUUAGUUCACGUGCGUGCAACCGGUAUCUGCGGAUCCGAUGUGCAUUUUUGGAAGAAGGGACACAUUGGUGACAUGGUGGUGACUGGAGAAAAUGGUCUUGGACAUGAGAGCUCUGGCGUCGUGAUUGAUGUUGGCCCCGGAGUCACAAAAUACAAGCCAGGUGAUCGCGUGGCGCUCGAGUGUGGUAUUCCGUGCAUGAAGGCGACCUGUUACUACUGCCGCAUCGGCCGCUACAAUGCCUGCCCUGAUGUCGUCUUUUUCUCGACACCUCCUCACCAUGGUACCCUGACCAGAUAUCACGUUCAUCCCGAGGAGUGGCUGCACCCAUUGCCGGAUGAGCUCUCAUUUGAAGAGGGUUCCCUUCUUGAGCCACUGUCCGUCGCCUUGGCUGGCAUUGACCGGUCAGAGCUGAGAUUGGGCGACCCCAUUGUCAUUUGCGGUGCCGGCCCCAUUGGACUGGUUACCCUGCUCGCAGCGCAUGCAGCAGGAGCAACCCCCAUUGUCAUCACUGACCUGGACGAGUCUCGUCUCCAGUUUGCAAAGAAACUCAUUCCUCGAGUUCGGACAGUAAAGGUGGAUACCAAGCUCGGCUCCAAGGAGGUUGCAGACGAGGUCAGAAAGACCCUGGGUACAGAAGCCAAGCUUGUUUUCGAGUGUACUGGUGUUGAGUCGAGUGUGCAGACCGGAAUUUAUUCGUGCCGCUUUGGAGGAAUGGUCUUCAUUAUUGGAUGCGGAAAGGACUUCCAGACUAUGCCCUUCUCGUACAUGUCAGCACGAGAGAUCGACAUUCGCUUUCAAUACCGAUACCAUGACACCUACCCGAAGGCGAUUGCCCUGGUCUCCGCCGGCCUCAUUGAUUUGAAGCCUCUGGUCACGCAUCGCUUCACAUUGGAAGAGGGAGAAAAGGCCUUUGCUGCAGCAUCAGACCCAUCUGCAAAGGCAGUCAAGGUGCAAAUUCUUGAUGAUUAG